UUUUUUUUAUUGCAAGUGCAGCACCCUUCUUAGUGGAAGCUUAUGAACACAUGUUUUGAUGAAAGACUGAAAAUAUUAAAUAAAAGAAGUGAACUUCAGGUUUCUGAAGGGAAGUGCUGUGCUUGCAAGGCCAGCUCUAGCAAAACAAGCCUAGCCACUGGAAGAGGAGAAGAAAGAAUUGAGAUCAGCGGGUACCCAGGGUUGUUGAUGCAAUAGACCUGGAAGGAACCAAGAUGUCUUUGCCAAAAGAUGUCAGUAUGGAAGAAAUACCGCUGGAAGAUGAUGAGCGAGACAGCAUAGAAUACAAGAUCCUAAUGGCCUACGCCCAGCGGCGGUUAUCUGUCAGUAAAUACGGGAAACUUCUGAAAAAUGAGGCUAAUGUGCAGAAAUCAUCGUCCUUAAUUGGGACAAAAGUAAAGACUGACCAUCAAAGGGAUAAAGAUGGACCAAGCCAAAGAGUAGUUUAUCAGGGUGGCAUGAUGCAACAGCACAGCAAAAAGCAAUCAAAAAGAAAAUACUUGCCAGGAUAUUGCCUAACUUUUCUCUGUGGCAGAGAAGAGCAGGAAAAGCCCCAAAUGCUGUCAUCACACCAAGAUCACACGGCAGGUUUCUCUGUUUCUGAGGCACAAUCUGAGAGCCUUCAAGAAGGGAAUUCUCAGCAUCAGACAAGUGAAACAGCAGAUGUCAACCACAUUGCAGACAAACUUGCCAAGCUUGUUACUUCCAGAUCCCAGGAAUCUCCUUCAGAUGCGUCAUUCCAGAUAACGCAUCAAGCCCUGUGUCUGGAACAAGACAAUAGCAAUGCUACUGAUGGAAGUGAGGGCGAGGAACAUGAUGAAGAAAAGAUAAUACAAACAAUAGUUUCACUGUUAAGACAAUCAGGGGACCAACUAGAAGAAAAGAUCAAAAAGGACAGGGUUUUCUAUCAGCAUUUUACAGAUAUGCUGUCCUACACCUUCUUCAAGAGGGUCACUGAUUUGUUCCUGGAGGAUGUCUCAGCAGAUUCAACAAGUGAGCCAGAAGGCCAAGUACAAUGCACGAAAGUUGCCUUUACAAUGGAAGUUGCCACCAGACUUACCGCUGUGGAUAACCAUCCUAUGAACCUGGUCUUGGGCUUCGGAUUAAAGUACCUCAGAGAACACUUCAAGCCAUGGAUUCAGGACCAGGGUGGCUGGGAGAAGGCUCUGACUUCACUGGAUCAGGAUGAAGUAGAGUAAUCAUGACUGAAUUAAUUCUUCAGGGCGCAGGAGCCUUCAGUUAAGGAACAUGCAGGAUUUUACCACAAUCUGAUGCCAGAAUGAUUAGUAGCUAUGUAUUUUUAUUUUUUUCCACGGGAGGUUGAAGUGUUGCAUGGCUAGCGCUGAUGGGUACAAUUGCACUUUCUUAAAGUUGGUAUUGAUGUAGAAGCGUUCUUCAGUGGAUAUGAAGGCACCUUCAACUUCCCUGGAGCAUUCAGCUCCACAGAUAGUGAUUUUAGGUACCUUUCUGAGUGGAGAUGCUUGCCACUACUCCUAUGGAUGGAUGUUAAAGUGCCAACCAGAGGAAAAUAUCCAAGUACGCAAUCAAGAACCACUGGACUGUGAUCAAACAUCAACCAAGUGAGACAAGUGCUGCUAGUUUUGUGUGGUUCAUACUGGUAUAAUCCGUUAUCAGUGCCUCUGUACCUUGUUAGAAGACACACCCACACAUUUCUAUCAGUUUCCUCCCCACCCGGAUUAGAUUCUCCAACGUACUGAUGCCAUUUUAUACUUCUGAAAGGGACUGAGUAAGGUUAAUGAGCGCUUUUUACCCCAGUGCCUUCCCCAUUCCCCCAAGAAAAUAGACAUGAUCUACCUACAGAUGCUUUUAAUUCAAACUCUUCUGUUUUAAAGCCCUUCAAAGCAUAGCACAAUAGAUGUUGACUUUUGCAGCAUUAUUUUGUCCAUUAAUGUGGAAGAUACAAACAUUGGGAGAGCUUUGUAGUCCAAGAAAAUUAAAACUUAUCCUACUGUGUCAGUUUUCCUCCUUAUUCAGAAGGAGCUCAAUGCUAUGUGUAAUCUCAGAGAUUUCUCUGUAAAUUGAACUGGCCCUUCAGCCAUUGAAAACAAGCGAUCUGAUUAGAGUUCUUGAAUCUCUAUGUGUGGCAGUGGAAGGAAUAACAGUGCAUCAUUUAGAGUAGAGGUGGAUGCCAGUGAAACUAUUGAUGAUUUUGAGGCUUGGUUUGUGGCCCAUUUAGUUGAUGACUUUGGGAUUUCCAUCCCCCAAAAAUUCCCAGAGGAGAAAGAGGGAACUCAGGACAUCUGCUGAAGCUGUAAAACCAUGGUAUCGCUUCUGUCACUUUUCAGUACAAACAGGUGAUAUUUCCUGAACAGGCUCUCUGCCUCUUGGUAAGAUAACCUUCCAUUACGGGUGCUCAAUUCUAUGUGUACAAGUACGUUAACUACAAAGAUUGCAUGAAGAAGUUAUUAACAAAUCAUGAAUUUGAAUGAAAAUGAUGAAAAGCAUUUUAACCGGAUGUGUAAAAUAUGCAACGCUACCAAAGAUCAAGUAUUUUUCUAAUAAACCUUAUGCUUUCAA